AUGGAAUCCGAAGGCACUAGUCUUUUUGCCAUUUCUCCAAAAGCAAGUUUAUUGACAGCAAAUAGCCUCUUUACCAAGGAUAUUUUUUCAUCGACUUAUAAUAAUAAUGAUUUUAAUAAUCUUAAGCAACCAGGAUUUACUUAUUCUUCGGACCAAAGACAGUUUAAGUCCUCGCUUCAUGCUCCUUCUUCUAUCCUAUCAUCUACCAAUACUAAUAACAACAUUUCAAGCUCUUCAGAUAUGUGGGCUGCGCCUGGCUCUUCAAACAGACCCAGUUCCAAUGUUACACACAGAAAGAUAAUUGACGAUAUCAUAUUUUAUCGUCCUGAUUCUCAUAUAGCUUUGGAUAAUCUUACUUCCACGUUUGAUCCGUUCAAAAGCGAUAAUACUACAAAAAAAAAUAUCGUCUUAGAUCCAUCCAAAAAUGAGGAAGAGACUAAUGAAGAUUUCAGAUCAAACGUUACACAACCGUAUAACAUCAAUAAUAUUGUCACUCCCGAGAUUCUCACUUCUAGAUUUGAACCAUUCAAGUGCAACAAUAUUGCAAACACAAAUGUCACUUUUGAUCCAUUCAGCAAUGAUAUUACUAUACUUGAUCAUCAACUCGGAAAUGGCACAUCAAACAAUUUCAAUCGAUCUGUUUCUGCUAAUGACAAAUAUUUGGGAGCCAAUAUAAACGAUAUAACUUUACCUACUGUUAAUACUGUCAAUCAUAUCAAUUGUAAUAAUAAUAACAAAAUUAUUCCUUAUAUUCAAAAAUAUCCUCAACCCAACACUCGAUUUUCUGGCGUUGAUUUAGAAGAUUUUGCAGGUCAGAUUUAUUCAUUAUGUAAAGAUCAACAUGGUUGUCGUUUUUUGCAAAAAAAACUUGAAGAAAAUAACCAAAGUUAUAUUGAUAUGAUCUUCAAUGAAGUUUAUAAACAUUUUGUUGAACUUAUAACUGUUUCCUCUGACUUAGUCAAUAUUUCGUUAAAUGUGCAUGGUACUCGCGCAGUUCAAAAAAUAAUAGAACUUGUCACAGAAAAUAAACAUGACUAUGCUAAGUAUAUCUACAAGACUCAGCAAAUUUGUACUCUUAUUCAAUCUUUAAAUUCUGAUGUAGUAACUUUAAUUCAAGACUUAAACGGAAACCAUGUUAUUCAAAAAUGCUUAAGACUUUUCACCCCUGAAGAAAAUCAAUUUAUUUAUAAUGCUGUCAGUAGUAAUUGUCUUGAAGUCGCCACACAUAAAAAUGGUUGUUGUGUUUUUCAAAGAUGCAUUGAUAAUGGAACCAAACAACAAAGGAUCUUGCUUUUAAGAACAAUAAUUCAUCAUGCUUUAACCCUAAGCCAGGAUAAGUAUGGAAAUUACGUUGUUCAAUAUGCCAUAAAUUUUAAUAACCAACAAUUCACGAACGCAUUGUCAAGAAAAAUAUUAGGCCAUGUUUACGUGUUAUCAAUUCAGCAAUGCAGCUCAAAUGUUGUUGAAGCGCUUUUGAUUUCAGAAAUAAUUAAUUGUCAUCAUAUUGACAGGUUAUUGCAAGACUCAUUUGGAAACUAUGUGAUUCAAACUGCCUUGUCCCAAGCUGGAUUAGAUCAGAAGGCUGAGUUGAUCAAACAUUUACAACCAUUCUUGACUACAAUUGAUAAUGCCCCAUAUGGGAAAAAAGUACAAGGAAAAAUCAAUUGUGAUAUUAAAUUCCUCAAGUCAUUAUAUUUUUAA